GAUUAACGAUCCUGCGUCUGCUGCUACAUCAUCUCAGCUGAUCCGGAGGAUUCCCUCUGCGGGGACAAACAAGAGCCCGGCCCGCCUGAAUGCUCAGCUCAGACCAGCAUCACACCAUGGAUUUCAACGUCAAAAAACUGGCUUCCGAUGCGGGGGUCUUCUUCACACGCGCUGUGCAGUUCACAGAGGAGAAGCUCGGUCAGGCUGAGAAGACGGAGCUGGACGCCCACUUAGAGAACCUGAUCAGUCGAGGGGACGGCACCAAGAACUGGACCGAGAAGAUCCUGAGACAGACGGAAGUGCUGCUGCAGCCCAACCCGAGCGCUCGAAUAGAAGAGUACAUCUACGAUAAGCUGGACAAGAAGCUUCCCUCCAAGGCCACCAACGCAGAGCUGCUGGGACAGUACAUGCUGGACGCCGCCACUGAAUUCGGUCCAGAGACGCCGUACGGCAGCACUCUGAUCACCGUGGGAGAAUAUCAGAAGAGACUGGGAGGAGCCGAGCGGGAGCUCCUCCACACCUCCGCGACAACUUUCCUCACUCCACUCCGCAACUUCCUGGAGGGAGACUGGAGGACCAUUUCUAAAGAGCGGCGACUUCUGGAGAACCGUCGCCUCGAUCUCGACAUCUGCAAAGCUCGAGUGAAAAAAGCAAAGCAGGCUGAAGCCAAGGCAGCGGCUGCACCCGAUUUUCAGGAGACACGGCCUCGAAAUUAUGUUCUGUCUGCCAGUGCAUCUGCGCUGCAGAGCGGCUGGGAGAGCUGGGAUUUGACGGCUGAACCCAAUAUGUCCGAGGAGGGCAAGCUUCUGAGUGAGGAAGUAGACAAAGCAGAACAUGAACUCCGUGUUGCUCAGACAGAAUUCGACCGGCAGGCCGAGGUCACCAGACUGCUGCUGGAGGGGAUCAGCAGCACCCAUCUCAACCACCUGCGUUGUUUGCAGGACUUUGCGGAGGCUCAGGCGACUUACUACGCCCAGUGUCAUCACUACAUGCAGGACCUCCAGCGGGAGCUCAGCAGAUGUGCUAAUUCUGUCAGCGGCCCAAACCCCGUCUCCUCAGCCUUCCCGUCUGGACCUUCACCCACCGGGGCUGCGGUCUCCUCCUCCUCCUCCUCGUCUAACCAGAAGCCAAGAACGCCGACCAUGGAACAGAUGCAGCUCCCAGUCACAGGAGCCAGAAAGGCCAAAGUCCUGUAUGACUACGAUGCCCACGAUGCCAGCGAGCUCUCCCUCCUGGCUGAUGAGCUAAUCACCGUCUACACCGUACCGGGAAUGGACCCUGACUGGUUGAUCGGAGAGCGUGGGAACGACAAAGGCAAAGUUCCUGUCACCUACCUAGAACUGCUGAGUUAAUGGACCAAACAUCAGGACACACACACACACACACACACACACACACACACACACACACACACACACACAAAACGAACACUUAUGCAAACCUGUUUCUAAAAAAACAGAUGAGAAAUAUGGGAAAGUGGAAUUAAACUCUGGUGACUGUGUUAGUAAUGUUUUCGGGUCAUUCGACAUCUUCACAGAUUGUUGUCUCGUUGCGGUUAAUGUGUGUGUGCUCAGAGUGGGAUUGUUUUGACAACAGUUCCUGCGACACUUCCUCAACCUGCUAACAAUGCAUAUUCGUUGUUUUCAUGUCAAACUGAUUUCAUGUCGAUUUUUGUUCCGUUUUAUUUUCGGCUUUCAAACAUUACAACCCCUUUUCGUCCACUGGUGCAUUAUUCCUCUUUAAUAUGACUUCAGGGUUAUUGUCGUGGUUUGGGCGUACAUUUUGUUGAAGGUUUUGAUAACCAGAGUGAUCUCAGAGUUCUGGGAGCUUUCACCCCGAUUAUUUAAACCAAUCGAUCUGGAACUUCUUGGAUCUGCUUUACAAUUGAAAUGUGACUGACUAACAGCCUGUCCUAACGGCAUGCCGUCCAGUGUUGCCUAUAGGAGUGUCCUAACGCAGCACGACGUGGCCCGCCGCUUUUACCCCAGCGCCCUGUUUCUAUCUUCCUCUCUGUCGCUCACGUAGACGGACGACAAACGAGGGGGCACUGGCACUUGUUUUCUCUCCCGUCAGAGCUCGUUAGCUUGUUGUACAAAGUGGAGAUGACGUUGCAUUAAUAAUAUCCACAUCACGGUUGAAAUGUAGAGCUGUGACUCGUGUCAACACCGGGGGAAAAAAAAAAGUUUUUUGGCUCACUGUGGGCCGUUUAUUGACGAGCCUCUGUGUUGUGAUUUGAGUGAACAGCUCAUCAAUAACAAUCACCACACUUCAGUUUGUCCACCUUCAAAAUAAAAGCAUUAGAUUUAAUUCUGUGUGCACGGGGAAACCCGAAAUCCACAUAGCAGAGAGUGAAAUAUUUAAUGGACGCAGUGUGGACAGUCUGCGUGUGAUCAUGCACGAUGCAACGCUAUAUAUAAGGCUCGCGUGCUGUUAGGACACGGUGUGCGGGUGUUUUCACACCAAACCUGUUUGGUUUUGUCAAAACAAACUCAAGUCCGCUAGCCAUGUUAGUGCGGCUCGUUUGCUCUGGUCUGAAUGCUGUCAAUCAAACCCUGGUGCAGAUCAAACAACUGUACUGAGACUGCUUAGAAAGGUGGCUCUCUGUCCGCUCCUUUUCAGACUCUGGUGCAGUUUGUUCGUAGUAAGAACAUGAAGCGACCUAGAUCAAGACCUAACUGCAGGAAGUAACCACCGUGGAUCCUCUCUGUUCAUCAUCACUGAACACAUAAGACCACAGGCGGACCUGACAGAGCUUCACUAACAGUCUGGGUGGAUGAGCAGGUCCUGGUUCAGGAGCAUCAACGUGCUCCUUCUCCUGAACGGUCUCGAUGAGCGUCUUCAGCGACUCCAGAACAUCAACCAUAUUAUUAUUCUCAAACUGUAUUGUUUGCUUACAGUGAUGAAUGCAAACAAUAUAAAAAGCGAUGAGCCGACAUCAGUCUGCGUAGUCAUCUGUCUAUUUAGAAAUCGUGAAGUGUCUUUAGAGCAGCCACAGCCAAUCAGGAGUCGACUAGCAUCAAACACAGUCUGCUUGUAAAUGUCCCCGAGUGAACACAGACCAAACCAGAGGUAAUUAUACAGCAAAGGAAGAAAUGGGUUCAUGAUUCAGACCAGAGCAAAUGAUCUAGCGGUGUGGAAACACCCUAAAAUAUGACUUGUUUACCGCACUAAGCAAUAAUCCUGCAGUUUAUUCAGUAAAUCGAGCGAGUGCUGGUCAAAGAUCGUUUUGUUUUUUUAAAAGAAUCCUGAGCUGAGUGUUUAAAUGAAGGGUUAGCGAUAGUUAAUCAAUAAAUCAUGUGCACUGAAAAAAGAGCCGUCAUCUCUAGCCACUGAAAAAACUCUGACAUAUCACAGCCAAGAGAUCCAGAUGGGAAGUACCAAUCAAACGCCUCACCAGGCUCCCCUGUGCGUACUCACUCUCAACGCACUUCACCGGCGCCGGAGGUAUUCCACGUCUCCCGGAGGAUGGCAGAGAAAGCUCAGCUCAAAUGCCACAGUUACCUGUAACCACUCGCCGCCCUGCUUAACAGGACAAGAAAGACAGAAGGCUGCGGAGAAAGCGAGGUUAGAGAGGACAUUCACAAGACAUGCUUUCUUAAUCCCUGAGGGAAGGUUCAGUUUAAAGGGGACAUAUUAUGAAAAAUCCACUUGUACAGUGUUUUUGAACAUAUAUUUGGUAACCUGAGAGUCUACUGACCCACAAAAUGUGAAAUAAACCCAUCCAGUCCUUUGUUUGUGGUCUGCAUAAGUCUUACAACACAGAGAAAAAUGCUCUGUUUCAAAUAUGAUCUCCUUGUGAUGUCACAGUGGGAUUCUGGUAAAAAAAAAAUCCCCUCCCCUGGUAUCUCCACCCAUGGACUCCACCCCCAGCCUAGAACAAAACUUUUGAGCAGGUCCGCCAUUUUUAGUCUUGCUACAGAGGAGUGAUGUCUACAUGGAAAACUCAGGGGGGUUCAUUUAAAGAGACACACACACCAAAACGGAGCGUUCUGAGAGAGCUGGUUUAUACAGGGUCACAAACCUCCUCUGGUGCUUGAUUCAUGUUAUAUUUUGACCAAAGCACAGCACAGAUGUUUCAUUUAGACCACAGGGGACUGUUUGAAAAGGUGGAGAAGGAGGAUAAUAUGUCCUCUUUGAAUAAAGCGAUCAAAAAUAUAGAAAACUUUGAAAAUGCAUGUUCUGUUGAUGGAGUUUGGAUCGACUGUUAAGGAUGAAACACUCUGAACCCUGAUAGGCUUUGUCGACACAUCAGGAUCAUUUUAAACAAUGAAACAAGUGUCCAAACAUCCUGAAUACAUGAAUGCAAAGAAUUUUCAUUGUUUCAAAUCACGCCAUUACAAAUAUUUGUCCUAUUUUUUUUCCGAACAAACAUCAAGACAUCUGCUCUCAAGGUCCCCCCCCCCCCCCAACACAGAGCUCAAAAUAGCUCAUUUUCCUUUUUAUGCAAAACACUUGCAAUAGUGACGAAAACGGAAAGUUUGUCAUACUUAACGCUGUGUCGCAAUAAAUGCAGCAACAGUCGUGAAACAGAAAGUGACAUUGUUGACGUAUAAGUCACAGGGGCGUGACAUUUCGACUGGAGCAGGAAAGUUCUGCAGAUUCACAGCUCGUUUGCUUUCUUGAUCUUGUGAUCUCGGUGACUGAGUUAGAUACACUUAGCAGCCUGACAGAGAAACAAGACAAAAAGGUUAAAGCAUCCCCCGGUUUCCACAAGAAGACCUGCCCGACUCAUGACUGGUGUGACCUUGUUUUGGGUGUGAGAGUCUAACACAACAGGAAAACCGUUUGAUACAAUCAUUUCACUAGAGUUUUGAAACUGACUCAUCAGCCUGUGAGCAAGUGGAGACUCGCAGGACUAAAUAUUUGCUUAUGUGUGACUUUAGAUAGAUGAUGUAAAGUGUUUAUUUAGAUGGUUAACCUCCGGUUCAGUAUGUGUGAGUCAUCAGUGUGUAAUGGUUUUCAGAGGGAAUCCUCCGCUGUGAUUUCUCCUCCUAACAUGCUAAAAAUAGAACUGUACUUGUUAGAACGACUCUAGCGAGGGUACCUCUGAUUUUCAGAGGCUGAUACUGAAUGUUUUUGUGAUCCUGAUUCCUGUAGAAACACUGGCAGGUCAAAAUAUCCCCCAGAACGCCAGAGAAGAUUCAAUCCGUUAAACGUUUAGACUCUCAUGACCUUUAGAUUCCUUUUAGAUAAUGUUUCUGAGCAGAUUCUGCUUCCUGUCUCUGAGUCUGUAACAACCAGUGUGUUGAGUGUGUUCACAUGGACUCGAGGUCCCCCCGGUUCUGAUCAUCUUCAGGAUGUGGUGUUUACAUGCACUCAGAGAAACCUGCUUAUUCACAUCCCUGUGCACAUAAUGAAUACUGGUAUUCUGGUUACUGAUUAGUGCUGGCGCUUGUGAUGUUUAUUUUUUGCGACCACUGUGGCUUAUAGCAGGUUUAGCACUAUUAAAUGUCAACAUGGCGUUGCAGAUAUCUCAUAUCCACCUAAUUUCCAGUAACAGGAAAGACAAACUCAGUGUCUUCGACGCUGCAGAAGUAAGACGCUCUAGUUGUCACAGGGAUAUUUGUUUUGCUGAUGCGUCUCUUGGCUGAGGCCGCGCCUGUGCAGGUAGUCUGCAGCCGUCACAAACCGGGCUCACAUGUCGCAUGUUUUCUAGGUAGCACCAGGAUAUCAUGUUUACAUGCACAAACACAAAAACUAACUACUUUAAAAACUUGAUCAAAACCGGGACGCUCAAGUCCAUGUGAACACACUCAGACUGCAUGU